CUGAACUAGAGCUGACCGCUGUUCAUACUGCUGCUCCUGGCUGCUCCCUACGCUUCCCAUCUGAAAAUGGAAAGCCUUCAGCCCUGCAGGAUGGAGCAUAACAAAUGCACCUUUGUGAUCGUGGGGAAGCUGAAACAGGGCAAGUAUGAGCUUCUCCAGGAGUACAAUCAGAGGCGGGAAUCCAACUGCCUGGUGGAGCUGAGCAACCAAGUCAGCCUGCUACGGAUGCAGAAGCGCCACUUUCCCGGUGCCUACACAGCCGGCCGGCAGGAGAGAGCCAAGGAGCCUGUCCCGGGAGGCAGCAGAGACUCCUGGGCACAGAUGGGACCCCUCACGCACAAGGAGAAAAGGCACUUCACAGCCAAAAGCCAUGCCAUAUUUGGAUGACACUCACUCAGCUCCGGUGACACCCAGAUACAUGGGCUCCGAUCUGCCUUCACGCUCCGAGUUAUUUACAAGUAUUAAUCAUGAAAGAAGUGAUUGAUUGUUUGCUAAGUCACCAAGAAAACAUUUAAUGUCACAGAAAACAUUUUGUCUUUAUUUUUUCCAUGCUUAGCUAUUUUUAAGGUGUUAAGAUAA